CAGUCUAUCUGCCUCCUGCCAAAAAAAAAAAAAAAAGCUUCCGCUUCACGUCUAUCAAAAAAGGCUUCUUCUUCAAGACUUCACCCACGAAGAGGAAGGUUGAAAAGAAAACCUCCCACCAACCCUCACCCCACCAAAACCGCCCGUAUUGACCCCCCCUUUACUUCCUUCCAUCGGAAAUCCUAACCUCCCUGUUCGUCGAAGCCUUUUCACACUAAUACAUCCAUCUCCUUCCGGCGAUGGCGCUCUACGAGUCGUUCGCGGCGGCGAUCCACUCCUACACCGGCCUCUCCCCGGCCGCCUUCUUCACCAUCCUCGCCCUCAUGGUCGGUGUCUACCGCCUCGUCUGUGGGAUGUUCGUCGCCCCCGACGCCGCGCCGGAGAAGAGGUCGCUUCCGCAGGAGCCGGUGAUCCCGCCGGAGCCCGUCCAGAUGGGUGAGAUGACGCUGGAGGAGCUGCGGGCUUACGACGGAACCGACCCUAGGAAGCCCCUCUUUAUGGCGAUCAAGGGCCAGAUCUACGACGUUUCCAACGGAAGGAUGUUUUAUGGACCUGGUGGUCCAUAUGCCUUAUUUGCUGGGAGGGAUGCUAGCCGGGCGCUGGCCCUGAUGUCCUUUGAUUCCAAUGACCUUACAGGUAAUUUGGAAGGACUAGGCACAUCAGAACUGGAAGUCCUACAAGAUUGGGAAGAGAAAUUCAAGGAGAAGUAUGUGAACGUUGGGAGACUUGUUUCUGAGAAAACCAGAGAUGGGGAUGGUGACCGAAGUGUUGAGAAAACAGAAUUGAAUCAAGAAUUGCAUAGAGAUACAGUGGAUGCAAAUGCUGAAGUAGAAGCUAAUGGUAUCGAAUCCAAUGUGAGGAGAAACUGAAGGCAUGAAGCACUGCAAGAAUUCCAUCAUUCUGUCUAGUUAGCAGAAAGUAAUUCCACUACAGAGUGAUCUGUAAAAUGUCUGCUCCAGUUUGAUUCUUGGAACCAAUUAUACGAGCGAAUGAUGGUCAUCACAUCCCUAUUAACCAGAGUGCCUAUGUAUAUAUGUGCAUCUUUUCUAUCCAUUGGAAUUCCGAAUGGCUUUUUGCGUCUUUUGUCCACAUGAUGAUUUCUCUUUAAUCUUCAAUUCCUGGACUAUAUCCAGGUUGUACUUGGUGCUUGUUGUAAUAGUGAGGGAGUUGUAUGUUCUGUUUUAAUCUUACGCUGGCUUAAUUUCUUCAGAAUGUUUUGAGAUUGGGCUGUGCAAACAUUUCCAAGAACUGAAAGCAAGUCCCGAUUGAUGAAAUCUACUUUGGCUCA